CGGCUACGCGGCCGCGGCGUCGGGGGCGGGGGCCGGGCGCGCACGGACCGAUCUCUGGAAACAUGGCUACAGAACAUGUUAAUGGAAAUGGUACUGAAGAGCCCAUGGAUACUACUUCUGCAGUUAUCCAUUCAGAAAAUUUUCAGACAUUGCUUGAUGCUGGUUUACCACAGAAAGUUGCUGAAAAACUAGAUGAAAUUUACGUUGCAGGGCUGGUUGCACAUAGCGAUUUAGAUGAAAGAGCUAUCGAAGCUUUAAAAGAAUUCAAUGAAGACGGCGCAUUGGCAGUUCUUCAGCAGUUUAAAGACAGUGAUCUCUCUCAUGUUCAGAACAAAAGUGCCUUUUUAUGUGGAGUCAUGAAGACUUAUAGGCAGAGAGAAAAACAGGGGACCAAAGUAGCAGAUUCUAGCAAAGGACCAGAUGAGGCAAAAAUUAAGGCGCUCUUGGAAAGAACAGGAUACACACUCGAUGUGACCACUGGACAGAGGAAGUAUGGGGGACCGCCUCCAGAUUCCGUUUAUUCAGGUCAGCAGCCUUCUGUUGGCACUGAGAUAUUUGUAGGGAAGAUCCCAAGAGAUCUGUUUGAGGAUGAACUUGUUCCAUUGUUUGAAAAAGCUGGACCUAUAUGGGAUCUUCGUCUAAUGAUGGAUCCACUAACUGGUCUCAAUAGAGGUUAUGCGUUUGUCACUUUUUGUACAAAAGAAGCAGCUCAGGAGGCUGUUAAACUGUAUAAUAAUCAUGAAAUUCGUUCUGGAAAACACAUUGGUGUCUGCAUCUCCGUUGCCAACAACAGGCUUUUUGUGGGCUCUAUUCCUAAGAGUAAAACCAAGGAACAGAUUCUUGAAGAAUUUAGCAAAGUAACAGAGGGUCUUACAGACGUCAUUUUAUACCACCAACCAGACGACAAGAAAAAAAACAGAGGCUUUUGCUUUCUUGAAUAUGAAGAUCACAAAACAGCUGCCCAGGCAAGACGUAGGUUAAUGAGUGGUAAAGUCAAGGUCUGGGGAAAUGUUGGAACUGUUGAAUGGGCUGAUCCUAUAGAAGAUCCCGAUCCUGAAGUUAUGGCAAAGGUAAAAGUGCUGUUUGUACGCAACCUGGCCAAUACUGUAACAGAAGAGAUUUUAGAAAAGGCAUUUAGUCAGUUUGGGAAACUGGAACGAGUGAAGAAAUUAAAAGAUUAUGCUUUCAUUCAUUUUGAUGAGCGAGAUGGUGCUGUCAAGGCUAUGGAAGAAAUGAAUGGCAAAGACUUGGAGGGAGAAAAUAUUGAAAUUGUUUUUGCUAAGCCACCAGAUCAGAAAAGAAAAGAAAGAAAAGCUCAGAGGCAAGCCGCAAAGAAUCAAAUGUAUGAUGAUUACUACUAUUAUGGUCCACCUCAUAUGCCCCCUCCAACAAGAGGUCGAGGGCGUGGAGGUAGAGGUGGUUAUGGAUAUCCUCCAGAUUAUUAUGGAUAUGAAGAUUAUUAUGAUUAUUAUGGCUAUGAUUACCAUAACUAUCGUGGUGGAUAUGAAGAUCCAUACUAUGGUUAUGAAGAUUUUCAAGUUGGAGCUAGAGGAAGGGGUGGUAGAGGAGCAAGGGGUGCUGCUCCAUCCAGAGGUCGCGGGGCUGCUCCUCCCCGCGGUAGAGCCGGUUAUUCACAGAGAGGAGGUCCUGGAUCAGCAAGAGGCGUUCGUGGUGCGAGAGGAGGUGCCCAACAACAAAGAGGCCGCGGGCAGGGAAAAGGGGUCGAGGCCGGUCCUGACCUGUUACAAUGAAGACUGACUUGCUAUGUGGGAUUACACCAGAAGCUUGCAGUGGAGUAAUGGUAAGGAAAUCAAGCAACCUUAAAUAUCUCGGCUGUAUAGGAGCAUAUUCUAUUGCAGAAGACCUUCCUAUGAAGAUCAUGGAAUCAAUACAGGACAUUGAACUAAUACUUGGACUUUGAUAUGAAUUUCUUUAACAAUUUUCUCUGCAGUGCAAGUUAUUAAACUAAAGCUACUCUAUUUUCCAAAUGUGUUCCAACAGAAAUUCUUCAUAACUUCUAGCAUGGUAUCUUAAUAAAGAAUAAAGUUCUUCUCUUUAAAAAAUCUGCUCUAAGUAGAUUUUUCCCCUGUUUUUUUAAAUUAAGGAUCCCAGCAUUGGUUUUCUGAAAUAUUCUCUUGAAUUUGUGCAUUUAAAUUUUAUUGCAGUGGUAUAGAUGAAUGCCAUUGUUGGUAUCCUUAAAUUUUAUUUCUGCUCACCAAGGUUAAUCAUGAUUGUCUAUAUCUUUUUUAUAGUAAUCACUUUUGAAUUGUGUUCAGAUAUGCAGUUUCAGGUGUAAUCAUCAGAGCUGGUUAGUCAGGCAUUCCAGAUAGUGGUUCUUUUCAGAACCUUUUUUAAAGGGUUGGUUAACUACCUCAGUAGCAGAGGAUUGAACUAUACCCUGUCUGUACUGUACAUAGAAAAUCUUUGUAGAUAAAAGCAAGGCUUGUUAAAUGAUAUGAGGGUAAGAUUUUAAUAUACCAAAUGUAACAUUCUUAGUUGCCUUUAGUUUCAGAGGCUUGUAAGACUUCCUCAUGACCAUCAUAACAGGCCUUGCUUUUGUCGUAUUUUGUGGCUGAAAAAGCAGCCUUGCUUCUUCAGAUAUUGUAGUUAUUUGGAUGUAUAAUAGUUUAGCAAGAUGUUACUUUUGUAAGACAUCAGAUGUUCAAAAAAAGUGCAUCCGAACUUGUACUAAAUACUGCAGUGUCCCUUUAUAAAAAGUCAGACUAAAACUGACAGUUGUACAGCGAAGCCUGACAUUUGGAUAUUUUGAAGUUUUUUCAUAAAUCAUAGAAAUUAGUAUACGGCUGUAGUUUAGCUUUUUAGGUAAAAGGUAUGUUUCAUUAGUGCAUUUCUUAUUGCUGAUCACUGCAAAAACGUGAAUCAGCUUUUCCAUUUCUUAUGCAGGUCAUGAUAACUUGUAGAAUAGAGUACAAUCAUUUGUGCUAUGUUUUUAAUUUUCUAAAGCACCUUGAUGACAGUGAGUGUUCAGUGGUGAAGCAUCCUCUAUUGAAUCACCCUCAAAAAAAUUUUUGCCAAGUCCUAAAUUGAUAGCUUAAAGUCAGAAGUGAAAUUAUAGUUUAAUUGAGACUUGGUAUAAAGAAAUCCCUUUUCCCCUUCCCCAAAGGGAUACUGCAGUUAUAUCACAUACCCAAUAGGCACCAUGAUGAAGAUCAGAGCUUAUACUUAAUUAAGGUUUUAUACACACCAGUUUCCCCAGUAAAUGCAAAUUUAACAAGAAAAUUAGACAUGUCAUAUGUUCAAACUGCUCAUGGCAAACAAUCAUUUUGCAUUCCUGCAAAUAAAAUUGUUUUAUACUGUAA